AUGUGCUCCACUGGAUGUUGCUCCACAGGAUGCUGCUCCGUCGUGAAGACCAAGACCGUGUGCUGCAGCCCCUGCCAGAAAACCGUGUGCUGCAGCCCCUGCCAGAAAACCGUGUGCUGCGAGAAGAGCGUGUGCUGCAGCCCCUGCCAGCAGUCCUGCUGCUGCGACCCGUGCCAGAAGACAGUGUGCUGUGACCCGUGCCAGAAGACUGUCUGCUGUGACCCAUGCCAGAAGACUGUCUGCUGUGACCCGUGCCAGUCUGUGUGCUGCGACCCGUGCCAGAAGACCGUGUGUUGUGAGCCCUGCUGUGACCCGUGCCAGCAGGCAGUCUGCUGUGACCCAUGCCAGAAGCCCUGCUGUGACCCGUGCCAGACUGUGUGUUGUGACCCAUGCCAGAAGCCCUGCUGUGACCCGUGCCAGCAGGCAGUCUGCUGUGAUCCAUGCCAGAAGCCCUGCUGUGACCCGUGCCAGACUGUGUGCUGUGACCCGUGCCAGAAGCCCUGCUGUGACCCAUGCCAGCAGGCAGUCUGUUGUGAUCCAUGCCAGAAGCCCUGUUGUGACCCAUGCCAGCAGGCAGUCUGCUGUGAUCCAUGCCAGAAGCCCUGCUGUGACCCGUGCCAGACUGUGUGCUGUGACCCAUGUCAGAAGCCCUGCUGUGACCCAUGCCAGACUGUGUGCUGUGACCCGUGCCAGCAGGCAGUCUGUUGUGAUCCAUGCCAGAAGCCCUGCUGUGACCCGUGCCAGCAGGCAGUCUGCUGUGACCCGUGCCAGAAGCCCUGCUGUGAUCCAUGCCAGCAGUCCAGCUGCUGUGACCCAUGCCAGUCUGUGUGCUGUGACCCGUGCCAGAAGCCCUGCUGUGACCCCUGCCAGUCUGUGUGCUGUGACCCGUGCCAGUCUGUGUGCUGUGACCCGUGCCAGCAGCCCGUGUGCUGCACCAAGGUGUGCCAGAAGUCCGUCUGCUGUGUGCCCCGGCCCUGCUGCUCCUCCUGCUGCUCCUACGUGGUGAAGAAGCCCGUGGUGGUUUGCUGCAGCCCCGUGCAGUGCUGCACCACUGUCAGGAAGUGCUGUGUCCCCUGCAUCCCCAUCCAGCAGUGCUGCAUCAAGAAGAGCUGCUGAGCUGUCCCUGGGUGGCAAAAGCACCUCUGCCAGCUCCACGUCUGGUGUGCGACGAGAACAGGCCCCAGGAGAUGAAAACCUGCUUGUUUGCCUCUAGUUCUCAUCACGAUGGAGCCAACACGUAGGGAUUUUCUUCUUCUUUUCAAGCUUAAGCUGCUGCUUCUUUCUGUCCUUUAGUUAUUGAGUAUCUUCAAUUUAUCACCCAUAGUAUAAGGCAAAGAGCCAUUAGAUAUUAGUGGGGUGUUCAUUCUCUUCUUGGUGGCUGGGACUUGGGAGCCCUUUGCUGGCAAUGUGAUCACUCUUCGUUCCCCCUCUUGGCUUGUAGACAAUAAAA